AUGUACACCGCGGGCGUGACGCGAAUCGAGUGUCUCGGAAAGGACAAUUACGAUACAUGGAGACUUCACAUGGAAGCUCUCCUCGUCAAGAAUGAUGCCUGGUCGUACGUGAGCGGCGAGCUCGCGAAACCCGAAGUCGUGGCCGGCGACGCCGCGUCGGAAGCCGCGCGAAAAACGUGGGAAAGAGGCGAUGCUAAGGCGAAAUCCGAUAUCAUUCUGACAAUCGGCAGUUCCGAGCUGAAGCAGAUUAAAGGCUGCAUUACCGCACGCGAUGUUUGGCUGAAGCUGGAAAGGGAUAUACCAAUCGCGGGUACCCGCCAGGAAAGCUACGUUAUUAAAGAGACUAAUACCCAUAACGAUUUUUUAAAUUAUUCGGACGAGGGAUUUGAAGAUGAAAAUGAUGCGGAAAAUGAUUUUCGAUGGCGUUUACCAAAACGAUACAUUCGUGACUGGGAAAACCCUAUUGAGUUUUACGAAGAUGUACCUUUUAAAAAACGGUAUAGGUUCGAUAAAGGAGCUGUGAUUAAUGUUCUAUUACCACUAGUGAAUGAACAGCUACAGAAAGACGAUAACCGCGGACUCCCGAUUUCUCCAAUAAUGCAGCUUUUAAUCACUUUACGAUUUUAUGCAACAAGUAGCUUUCAAAUUGUUAACGGAGAUAUUAGAGGAUACAGUCAAACAUCGGUAUCGCGCAUUGUUGCACGAGUGUCAACAAUUUUAGCAUCCUAUGUAGGGCAAUACAUAAACUUCUCUACCCGACAGCGUCAAAGGCAAAAUAUUGAUAGAUUUUAUGAGGUAGCGAAUUUUCCAUGUAUAAUAGGAUGUAUCGAUUGCACUCAUAUACGUAUUGCCAAUCCUGGACGAAAUAAUGGAGAGGUAUUUCGUAAUCGAAAAGGAUGGUUUUCAUUGAAUGUGCAGGUUGUAUGUGGGCCUCGAAGAGAAUUUUUGGACAUUGUUGUAAGACAUCCUGGUUCAGCGCACGAUGCUAUAAUCUUUGAUCGAAGCGGUGUUCGAUGUCGUUUCGAAUUGGGACACCUCGACGGGAUUUUACUUGGAGAUAGUGGAUACGCAUGUCGAAGAUAUUUACUAACUCCUGUAUUGAGGCCCGAUAACGAUGCAGAAGUUAGGUAUAAUAAUGCACAUAGGAAGACCAGAGUUAUCGUCGAACAGCUAUUUGGAGUUUGGAAGCGCCGCUUCCCAUGUUUAUAUUACGGGUUAAGAACAAAACUAAGUACAUCGGUUGCAGUUAUUUGUGCUACUGCUGUUUUGCAUAAUAUAUGUAUUAACCAUGGAUUCGUGGAAAUUGAACAAGAACAUGUACAGAAAUAUUCGAGGCUGUUUUGA